AUGUUGAAGAAGAUCUUUCUGAGGAGAUCAUAUUUGAAGAUAUUAACUCUUCCGUUUGUGCUGUUCUUAUUCCCGCUGCCCUCAAGCUUCUACAAAAAAACUUUUUCCUCGAAACACCAUUUUGAAUUUGGCCUCUCCUCAUCUGAAGAAUCUAAAGAAGAAAAUCUUGAUGGGAACAAGCUUUCGUCUCCUCCCCAUGAAGGCACCAUGAAUCAUAUUCAAGAUAAGGAAGCUCAAGAUACUCCUGUUGACGAUUCCAAGCCUUGCGAACCAAAUAGUGAUGAAAAUGAAGAUGAUAAGAAAACUAAAAGUUCCACCUUGGAAACAAAAUCCUUAGAUGAGAACAUUGCAUAUCCUUUUUCCCUGUUGGAAACUCGAGAUAAUAUUUCCUUACCUAACUCUAAAGUCGAUUCACUUGAUUAG